AUGCAAAGCACACUAAACCAGGCGGCUAUUGUCGAAGAGAUUGAAGGUCUCACACAUCAGCUGGUUGAAGCCAUCAAUGACCGGGACUGGACAGCGUCGAGAUGGUCUUUCGUGGCGCCGACCUUCAUGAUCAAGCCGAGAUCGAUGACUCGACCAACAGAAGGUGGAAGCACACAUGUAACCCUGGACGAGUGGCUUGACACGUGGAAGAUGUUUGCGAAGAAGAACCCAAACUUCUCUCUCCAGGUGGCGGAUAUUAGUGCUGUGGUGAAUGACAAGAUGGGCACGGCGGAGACUUUGUUCAAUAUUGCUGUUUCUGGUGUGUAUCCCGGGAUUGUAACAAAGGUCGUGUGUGUACUGGCAUGCCAGUAUAUGAGGCCUGGGAAGUGGGUGCCAGUGAGGCAUGAAGGCUUGAGUGGUGCGGAUGUCAUCGGGUUCUGA